UCGCGGAAUAGUUCGACUGCCAAGGAAGAGGAACAGCGGCUUUUUGAAGCCUCCCCUGUUGUUGAUGCCUUCCCCGACAAUUCCUUCGCAAUAGUGGUGCGGCGUCUACUCCACAGUUGCCUACAAGCCUGCCCAUACACGAAGGAUAUCAGCAUCGAGCUUGUCAAGUCCGGAAAGCUGCGCCUCCCACUGUUCUACUCCGGUCCGAAGACCAGGUACUCCAUGAACUGGCGUUUUGGUAUCGCUGCUCGGGCUGACCCCUGCGUUCACGAUCACCAUCUGUCCCUGGAUGAGGUCAUGAGGAAUCUGGACAUGGAGGUCGAUACCGCAGAGGAGGACGUUGUUUUCCUUACCGCCUUGGAUCUGUUCGCCGGCCUUAUGUCCCAACUUCCCUCUGGCCUCUUCGCAGUGACGUCCAAGAACCCCCUUAAGCGUCAGAAGAAGUCAUGGGAGCGCCUGCGGCAGAUCUACGAUGCGGACAACCCAGAGGGCGUGCGCGCCGUGAUCGCCAUCGAAAACGGCAAGAAGAAGCUAGCGGACGAGUCGAGGAAGCGCAGACGGGUUGAGGAUGAGGACGUCAAGGUGAGGAUAGCGACCAGUGGCCUGGAGCCCGGAGGCGUUGCAGGCACGAAGGGGGACGAGAAGGAAUUGGCAGCCCCCACCCGAAGGACUGACUGGCUCGCUCACCUUCCUCGGAGCAUGAAGCAGGAUUUACAAAGCACCUAA